AUGCCCGGUGCUCUGCUUCUCUCUGCAAGCGGCUCCAACGGCCAGCGCCGGGCCAGGCAGAAGCCAGGAGGCUUGACCUCCAUUCAGGGCGCCCAGGAGGCCGGGAGGCGUGGUCCCUGGGUCACAGGCUGCAGAGGCCGCACUGCCAGCGGCCCUGGGGCGUCGGACGCUGGACGCGGCAGGCAGCGCGCAGGUGCGUCCCGUGGCGCCACGGCGGCCGCCCGUGGGGAGUGCGCCUGCGCCCGGCGCUGUGCCCCGGAAGUGGCCCCUUGUGCCCCGGAAGUGGCCCCUCGUGGCCCGCGGCGCUCAGGUAGGAGUCCUCGCGGGUCCCGUCCGCUGCUGCCGGAGAGCCCGCGCGAGCCAUCGGAGCCGUCCUGGACGCUGCCGGCGGAGCCUGCGGGAGACCCAGCGCCCCCGGGGUCAGGCCGGGCUCAGAGAGGCUGCGGCCCGAGGCUGCCGCGCCGUUUCCCGGGCGCGGUUCUCUUCUUCGGCCCCUCGUGGAAGCAGCGGCCUUCGCGGGCCUCUGUGCCGCCAGCAGACCGGGCCCCCUUGGCGGUACAUCUCCUGCUCAGCCAUCCUCAGAUGGAAGUCUGCUCCUCAUCUGUUCCUGCCCAAAAGCCUGUUCAAGUCUUGAGGAGCCGUCCUCGAUGCUGCUGGCGGAGCCUGAGUGAGACCCAGUGCCUCCGGGGUCAGGCCUGA